CGGCACCUCGGGAAGGGGGCCAGGGAGGCCGAGGGAUGCGAAGCCCGCACCGUCCCCACCCCGAGCUCCCCAUGGCUGGCACCGGAGGAGGGGGUUCCCAUCCCAGCACACCCCAGGAUGAGGUGUCCCGCUGGACCGGCCAUCUCCACGUGGCUCUGUGCCAUUCCCAGAAGCCCCAUCAAGGCCUCUUGCAGGGAAGGACACCGCAGCUGGAGCCAGCAGGGAUGCGCAGCAUCCGCAGGAUGGUGGUGCCUCAGUUUCCCCUCGGGACACCGCAGCGGGACCGGAGUGCGGGGGACCCAAGCACACACGGAGGAGCAGCAGCAGCAGCCCCGCGCCACGGCCGUGCCACCCCGGCUGCUUCCCCCGGGCAUGCAGCUGCUCCGGCGCCAUGGCGGAUGGAUGGCUCCGGAUGGGAGCUGGGAUGGGCUGGGAUGGGCUCUGGGGGGGCUGGAGCCCAUCCCAGCCCCGUCACCGCACGCAAGCCGGAAAACUUAAUUCACAGCCGGCGCAGGCAGCGACUGCCCAAGUGUCCCGGGGCCGGGCACCCAGCAGGAGAAGAUGCCAGGAGGGAGCGUGUGGGUGCUGGUGCUGGCGCUGGCACUGCCCAGCACCGGACAGCAGCACCUGGAGGAGGCCAAGAACAUCAUGACCACCACGCCGGUCAUCGACGGGCACAAUGACCUGCCCUGGCAGCUCCUCGAGAAGUUCAACAACCAGCUGAGACUGCCAGCAGCCAACCUGACACUGCUGAACGGCACCCACACCAACAUCCCCAAACUGCGCCAGGGGCACGUGGGCGGGCAGUUCUGGUCGGUGUACGUGCCCUGCGAGACGCAGAACAAGGACGCGGUGAAGCGCACGCUGGAGCAGAUGGACGUGGUGCAGCGCAUGUGUGACCUGUACCCCGAGACCUUCGCCUGCGUCACCGACAGCGAUGGCAUCCGGCAGGCGUUCCGGAGCGGGAAGGUGGCCAGCCUCAUCGGGGUGGAGGGCGGCCACUCCAUCGACAGCAGCCUGGGCGUCCUGCGCACCCUCUACCGCCUGGGUGCCCGCUACAUGACCCUCACCCACAGCUGCAACACCCCCUGGGCUGACAACUGGCUGGUGGACACCAAGGAUGAAAACCCUGUGCACCAUGGCCUCUCACCCUUUGGGAAGACGGUGGUGGAGGAGAUGAACCGCCUGGGCAUGAUUGUGGACCUGGCCCACGUCUCAGUGGACACAAUGAAGGUGGUGCUGAAGAUCUCCAAAGCCCCCGUCAUCUUCAGCCACUCAUCCGCAUACAGCAUCUGCCAGCACCGCCGCAAUGUGCCCGACGAGGUGCUGGAGCUGGUGGCCUCCACGGGCAGCUUGGUGAUGGUCAACUUCUACAACGCCUACGUGACCUGCAGCGACAAGGCCACGCUGUCUGAUGUUGCAGACCACAUGGACCACGUGAAGAAGGUGGCCGGUGCCCAGGCUGUCGGCUUUGGUGGGGACUACGACGGGGUCACAGGGGUCCCCACUGGCCUGGAGGAUGUCUCCAAGUACCCGGCGCUGGUGGCCGAGCUGCUGAAGAGGGGCUGGACGGAGCAGGAGGUGAAGGGGGCCCUGGCUGAGAACCUGCUCAGGGUCUUCAGCAGAGUGGAGGAGGUGAAGAGGAGCCUGCGGGACACAGCUGCCCACGAGACCCCCAUCGCCUUCGAGGAGCUGGAGGGGCCGUGCAGAACCAGCUACGGCUACCCCAAUGAUGGCGGCCCUGCCCUGCGCCCGCCGGCAGCCCUGGCACUGGCGCUGGCACUGCUCCUCUCCGUGCUCUCCUAACACCCGGCUGCCACCGUGCCCGGGGCUGCCACCGUGCCCGGGGCUGCCACCGUGCCCGGGGCUGCCGGGCGGGGCACGACCCCGCGCCCCUUUCUGCCGGAACUGCCCGCAAAAUAAAACCGUGGCUCGAGCAGU